CCAUCUCACCAUGAACUCAACGUUACCCUUAGAUGUUGACCGCUUGAUGUCCUCUGCUGACUUUGGCCUGGCAGGCAUUCGUGCAGGACUCGACCAAAAGAAAGAGCUCCAUCGAGAGGCCAAACUUCGCUGCAGUUACUGUGGCAAGGAGGACGACGAAAAAAAACCUCUGAAAGCAUGCACACAAUGUCGGGAAGCUCGCUAUUGCGACAGAGAAUGCCAGGUCGCGCAUUAUAAGUACCAGCACAAAAAAGACUGCACGUCUUUCAGAGAACCGCCACUCUGUCGCUCAUGGAACACAAAGACGGUCCUCCCUGAUACGAAGUACCCCGAGCGUCCUACCUUUGCUCAAGGUCACAACGACGGGGUAGGUUGCUGGGUAUCCGUCGCAGGAUCCAUAGACUGCAGUCUUUCACCCUCUCCAGGUGAUCGUCUCACCGAACGAAAGAAGAUGUCGGCGGCAGAACUCCUCGCGAAUCUUCCCGGAGCGCCCAGCUCAGGCUCGUAUCUUGAUCUAUCUAUCCUCGUCCAGAAUCGAAGAAAAGCAGAGCCCGUCAUCGUCGUCGGAAAGGCUUUCCUCGCUGUCACAACUAAACAAGGGAAGUCCAAAGCGAUGGAGGGUAAAAAGUCGACAGAUAUCAUUCAGAUGAUACCUCAUCCCGAGGGGGGCGAAGUUCCCGCCGUCACCCCCGCCUUCAUCAAGCUAACUUCCUUCAACGGAAAAGAUGAAAAACAAGGCAAAAAUCCCUCCGCUGCCAUCCUAGACCAGACCUUCUCCGCCGUCCUCCUCCGCCCCGGCGACUUCGCCAUCUUCGAAUCUCAAUACCGUCUCGGCGGCCCCUCAAUCACCAAAGACUUCGAAGCCCUCUCCCUCCUCUCCCACAUCAUCAUCCCCGCUGUCCCCUACGACCCUUCCUUCCCCGGUCCAUACAAGGACCUGCUACCCCGCGCGGCGAAUAAGGGCGAGCUGUGCGAGGUGAGGGGCAUGAUCGACCAGGAGGAGGUGGAGGACUGGUAUGCGGAUUAUGUGACGCUGGGGAAGAAGGCGUAUAUUAGGAGUCACUAUGGGCAGGCGAGGGCGGAUAUGAUCGAUGCGGGGGAUAAUAUGGGGCAGCAGUUGCAGCAGAUGAUGUUGGCGAUGGCGGCGGGGAGGAUGGGGAGCAACGGUGGGAGUUUUCCGGGAUUUGGGUGAGGAGGGUUGAGUGGCGAGGGGUGAAGGAGCUGUGUCGUUGCGGAGACUCGGAGGUGUAGAAUGGGAGAAGUGCUUUUGAUCUUGAGAAGAUAUGUUGUAUGAGAUGUACUAUUAUACCUGACUUCGUGAGCUUGCUUUUCUUGAUAUCAUUGUCUUGAAGUCAUCCCUGGCUAGCUGAUUAUUUCAAUAUUG